CCUGACUCUCACGAGGAAAUGGACACUGAUGUAGAGAGACCAGACAGUCCAGAAGAUGAUACAUGCCGAUAUCACGCCAAACGUUCUCCGUCUGCGGGCAGCAAAGGCUCCGGCCGAAGUCCACGCUCACUGGGCAGAGACGAGUCCGUGUUUAGCCAGACCUCGAGGUCCAGCAAGGGCUCUAUACGGCGGCAGCUUCCUUCGAUACCCACAAGAGAUCCGCAGGUGCCCGUCUCCAUCAGCGUGUCCCGGGAACCUGAGCGCAUGUACAAGUUGGCCCUGGCUGGAGAUGCGGCUGUGGGAAAGUCUAGUUUCAUUGUUCGGCUGUGUAAGGGGAAGUUUGCCCCCAACCUCAGCUCCACACUCGGAGUCGAUUUCCAAACGAAAAUGUUGGACGUGGAUGGACAUCCAAUAGCCUUGCAGUUGUGGGACACAGCAGGCCAGGAAAGGUUUCGUAGCGUAGCCAGAACUUACUUCCGACGAGCUGAUGGCGUGUUCUUGUUAUACGAUGUCACAUAUGAGAGAUCGUUUCUCAAUCUCCGUGACUGGGUCGAUGCAAUCAAGGAAGGAUCUCUAAAGAAGAUACCAAUCAUGUUGGUGGGAAACAAAACCGAUGCCCGGUCUGAGCUUGAAGGCAAGGGAAGGCGAGUGGUCAAGUAUGAAGACGGCUUGCGGCUGAGCAGAGAAAUUGACGCCCUCUUCAUAGAAACAAGCGCCAAAAAUGGGACGCACGUUACGGAGGCAGCAGUAGAACUCACCAGGCUGCUGCGAACAAAUGAGGAUCUAGAGGUGAAGACAGUUGGAAUGCAACUUCAAGAAAUGAGGGACAAAAAAUCCAGCUCUUGUUGCAAGCGCUAG